GGGUAUAUUAGUCAAUUACUCGAUUUUCUCCACCAUCUAAGUAGGAGAUCAGCAAGAGGUUGCAAUAAGAAGAAAAUAUUCUCUUCCAGGCCAGGGAUCUGAAUUUGCUUCUCUCGUCAGCGGAAGAAGUUCGAGUGCAGAAUGGUCUGUGAAAAGUGUGAGAAGAAGCUUUCAAAGGUGAUAGUGCCGGACAAGUGGAAGGAAGGGGCUCACAACACCACCCAAGGUGGUGGCCGUAAGAUCAACGAGAACAAACUCCUAUCGAAGAAACACAGAUGGACGCCCUAUGGACAAACUAAAUGCAUUAUCUGUAAGCAGCAAGUACAUCAGGAUGGAAAAUAUUGUCACACAUGUGCUUAUAGUAAAGGAGUUUGUGCAAUGUGCGGGAAGCAAGUACUUGACACCAAGUUUUACAAGCAAAGCAAUGUAUGAUGUAUGCUAUUCUCCUUCCAAUACUGGAAGAAGCCUCUGAUUACUCCAAGUUUUAGUUUGUAUCCUAAACUACAUAUAACAAGAAUGAGCAGUGUUGAUAGUGAUCUGUAGAACAUUGUGGAUAAUCUUACAAGUUUGUGCAUGCUGGAAUGCAAUUUUAUAUGACCUUUGCAGAAUAUUGAGGUGUAUCUUGUGCAAUUAUACUAAUUUGACAUUGUUACUAGUUUCUUUCCUGUA